AUGGACAACGAAAUCGCAGGUCUGGACCGUGCUCAACACAAGAGUGGUCGUGCCAUCAAAUCAAUUCGCGCUCGCUUGAAGGGAAAGGAAGGCCGUCUUCGACAGAACCUGAUGGGCAAGCGUGUCGACUUCUCAGCACGUACUGUCAUCACUGGGGAUCCCAAUCUUUCUCUUGAUGAAGUUGGCGUACCUCGAAGCAUUGCUCGAACCCUGACUUAUCCUGAAAAGGUGACUCGGUUCAACAUUGAGCGUCUCAAGAUCUUCGUCGAGAACGGUCCUUCGGAACACCCUGGUGCACGAUAUGUCAUCCGAGAUACUGGCGAACGCAUUGAUUUGCGUCACGUCAAGAGUCGCGACAUGACCCUGCAGUACGGCUGGACUGUCGAAAGACACAUCCAGGACGGCGACAUCAUCUUGUUCAAUCGUCAGCCCUCGCUGCACAAAGAGUCCAUGAUGGCCCAUCGUGUCCGAGUCAUGCCGUACUCGACCUUCCGUCUCAAUUUGUCGGUCACUACACCCUACAACGCUGACUUCGACGGUGACGAAAUGAAUUUGCAUGUCCCUCAGAGUGAAGAGUCUCGAUCUGAGCUCAAGCAUCUCUGCAUGGUCCCACUCAACAUCGUGUCUCCUCAGAAGAACUCUCCCCUAAUGGGUAUCAUCCAGGACACCUUGUGCGGCAUCUACAAGAUUUGCGACAAGAGCGUCUUCCUGACCAAGGAAGCCGUCAUGAAUGUCAUGAUGUGGGUGCCCGAAUGGGAUGGUGUCAUUCCUCAGCCUGCCAUCUUGAAGCCAGCUCCACGAUGGACUGGUAAGCAAAUCGCGAGCAUGAUCAUUCCCAAGGGUUUGAAUCUUGAGCGACCUGAGAAGAAACAACGAAAUCCGCUAUGCCCUGAAAGUGACGAAGGAACCUUUGUCACUGAUGGUGAGCUGAUGUUUGGCCUCUUCAGCAAGAAGGUUGUUGGUGCUUCCGCCGGCGGUAUCAUCCACAUCACCUUCAACGAAUGGGGUCCUGACGCUGCUAUGGCAUUCUUCAAUGGUGCGCAAACCGUGGUCAAUUACUGGCUGUUGCACAACGGCUUCAGUGUCGGCAUCGGUGACACGAUUCCGAGUCCUGGUGUUGUGCGUGCUGUCAACGAUGCCAUCGCCACCCGAAAAGCUGAAGUCGAUGUUCUCAUCGACCAAGCUCAAGCCGAACAGCUGGAUCCUAUGCCGGGCAUGAACAUUCGCAAGACGUUCGAGAGUAAGGUCAUGGCUGCGCUCAACGCCGCUCGUGAUAAUGCAGGUACCUUCAUGGAACAGCAAUUGAAAGACAACAACGGUGCUGUCCAGAUGGCUCGCUCUGGCUCAAAGGGCAACAACAUCAAUAUUGCGCAGAUGAUGGCUAUCGUCGGUCAACAAGUCGUCGAGGGUAAGCGGGUUCCGUUCGGAUUCAACUACCGCUCUCUACCACAUUUCGCCAAAGACGAUUUCUCUGGCUACUCUCGAGGCUUCGUGGAAAAUUCGUACUUGCGAGGGCUCACGCCGACGGAGUUCUUCUUCCACGCCAUGGCUGGUCGUGAAGGUCUCAUCGACACUGCUGUCAAGACCGCCGAGACCGGCUAUAUUCAGCGAAGACUUGUCAAAGCUUUGGAAGAGGCCACCGUCCGUUACGAUGGCACUGUUCGAGAUUCUCACGGCAACGUUAUCCAGUUUCUAUACGGUGAAGACGGUCUUGAUGGUGCUCAUAUCGAGAAGCAAUCGAUCGACAUCCUCACUCUCUCUAACAAGGAGUUUUCACAGCGCUUCGAAGUCGAUCUCAUGUCCGACAAAGAUCCUUUCAAGGGCAGACUCCUCGGCUGGGAGCAAUAUGCAGGCGAUCUUGAGCUUCAGAAUAUCCUCGAUGCAGAAUUUGCGGCUCUACAAGAUGCCCGCAAAGCCGUGCGGAUGGCUGCUGUCGGAGUGGAGGACGAGUUCCAGCUGCCUAUGAACAUUGGUCGAAUCAUCAGCCAAGCGGCCAAGAACUUCAAGAUCCGAAAGGGUACUCCAAGUGACUUGGACCCUGAACAUGUCAUAAAGUCUGUGAACGAGCUCAUGACCAAGCUUGAGGUCGUACGCGGUACAGAUCCGCUAUCUGUGGAAGCUCAGAACAACGCUACCAUGUUGAUUCGGGCGCAGCUGCGAUCGCGACUGGCCUUCAAGCGGGUAGUCAUGCAGGAGUCGCUCAACCGACUGGCGUUCGACAAUAUCAUCGGUAGCGUGGAGACGCGCUUCCUUGCAGCCAUCGCCAGUCCUGGUGAGAUGGUCGGUGUCCUCGCUGCGCAGUCGAUUGGAGAGCCCGCCACUCAGAUGACGCUGAACACCUUCCAUUACACUGGUGUCUCUGCCAAGAACGUCACACUUGGUGUGCCUCGUCUCAAGGAGAUCCUGAACGUCACAAAAGACAUCAAGACCCCCUCAAUGACUGUAUACCAGGUGCCAGAGAACCGGGAAGACCAAGGCAAAGCCAAGGAUCUCCGAAGCCGUGUUCAGCACACAAAUCUGCGCAGUCUUACCGAGACCUGCGAGCUUUGGUACGAUCCAAUCAUUGACGAUACCAUCAUCGAAGCCGACAAAGACUUUGUUGAAGCAUACUGGAUCAUUCCGGACGAGGCUGAUGCCGACACGAGGUCUCACUCUCGUUGGCUCCUUCGCAUUGUCCUCAACCGUGCCAAGAUGCUCGACAAAGGCCUGACCAUUCCGCAGAUUGCCGACAAGAUGAAAUCAGAGUACGGACGCGAUCUCUCAAUCCUAUUCAGCGACGUCAACGCCGAAGAACAAGUCAUUCGUAUCCGCUAUGUCAACUCGUAUGCCAAAGAUGAAGAGGAUGGGAGACAAGAAGAUGAUGACCUGCUUCGCCGCUUCAUGAACGAGAUGCUGGACAACUUGACCUUCAACGGCAUCAAGGGUCUACCUAAAGUCUUUCUGAACGCCACAGAACGUGCAGUGGAAUUGGAGAAUGGCAGUCUCGUCAUGAACAAGGAGAUUCCUGCAUGUGUUGAGAACAUUCUCGAGACUGAUGGAAGCAAAUUUGCCGAGGUUCUUGCCAUUGAAGGCGUCGAUGCUUCACGAACGUAUUCGAACUCCUUCACUGAGGUUCACACGGUUUUGGGUAUCGAGGCUGCACGCUCGGCCAUCUACCGCGAACUCAAGAACGUGCUGUCCUUUGAUGGCUCGUAUGUCAACGCUCGUCAUCUCAGCAUUCUGUGCGAUGGCAUGACCUUCCGAGGCUAUGUCUCAGCGAUCUCACGGCAUGGUAUCAACAAGUCCGACAAUGGUCCGCUGAUGCGAUGCUCGUUCGAGCAGACUGUGGAGAUCUUAUACGAAGCCGCUGUUAACGGUGAGCUCGACGACUGCACUGGUGUCACCGAGAACAUCAUUCUCGGUCAACCUGCGCCUGUCGGAACCGGUUUCAUGGAUGUUCUGCUUGACAAGAAGCUUCUUGGGACAAUCGUUACCGACAACUCCAACCUUGGUCUUGGUGGACAGCCAAUCGGCGUCAAGCGACAGCAAGAUCUCAUUGCAGGAUCUGCCACUCCCUACGAUUCGGCUUCGCCUGUCGGCGAUAACGGGUAUCUGGGCUCCCCAGAAUAUGGUGCUGCUUUCUCGCCUAUGGCUGAGUCCAACGCUGAGGCUGGAGGCUUCUCAGAGUACCAGCCAAAUUCUGGCUUUGCUGGUGGCUUCAGUCCAUACGGACGCAGUCCUGGCGGUUACUCCCCUGCAAGUCCUGGUGGCUUCGGCUCGACCAGUCCAGCUUCACCUGCGUACUCUCCUGGUGCUGGGUAUUCGCCGACUUCUCCAAGCUUCGGUCCAACCAGUCCCAGCUUCGGAGCAACAUCACCAUCGUUCAGCCCCGUCAGCCCUUCGUACAACACCGCGACAUCACCUGCGUACUCACCGACCUCGCCAUCAUACAACUCGCCAUCGUCGCCGGUGUACAGUCCCACAAGUCCGAGCUUCAGUCCGACCAGUCCAAGCUACAGUCCAACGAGUCCGCAGUACUCCCCAACGAGCCCUGCGUACUCGCCAAAUUCACCGACUUCGCCAACGUCGCCUGUCUAUAGCCCGACUUCGCCGGUGUACUCACCCACGAGUCCGAACUACAGCGGCGGUGGCUCAGGUGCUUCUCCUACGAGCCCCAGCUACUCGCCGACCUCACCAAACUACUCUCCCACGAGUCCCAGAGGUCACUCGCCGACCAGUCCCCAGUACUCCCCCACAAGCCCUCAAUUCAGUCCGCGGAGUCCACAGUACUCCCCGACUUCUCCCAAGAAUGAUUGA